AAGAACUAGUUCACCACAGGAUUACUGGACAAGUCACGUGGUACACUCAAGCGCCAGUCUAGAAGGUCUUCAAACUUCUUUUUGUGUAGUGUAUAGAGUACAGCAGAAGACAGAAGACGCAAUUCAACAAACGUGAGGUGCUUGUUUAAAAUCAUCAGAGACUAGAAUGGACUAUUCAAGGGAUGCCCCAGCGAUGGAUGGGCGCUUGACCUUAUCCUGGCAUGGCCUCUCCGUAUGGGUCAAAAUCAAAGACGAGGAAAAAAGCUCCUGGUUCAAUAAGCACAUGUACGACACGCAGCUAUUGCACGAAGUAAGCGGCGUAGCAGAACCAGGCUCACUGACAGCCAUCAUGGGACCUAGUGGCGCAGGGAAAACAACGCUAUUGGCAACUAUAAGUCAACGAUUUAAAGGAAAAGUUGAAGGAGACGUUCUAGUGAAUGGUAGAAACAUGUCGAACGAUGUCAUGACAAAAUUAUCUGGAUUUGUUCCUCAACAAGAUCUCACACUCGGCUGCCUAACUGUGCUCGAACACAUGCAACUGAUGGCUAGACUGAAAAUGGACAAAGACCUGCCGACCAGUCACCGUAACCAGAGAGUGCUGUCUCUGCUGGUCGAGCUGGGCCUCAACAAGUGCAAGAACACGCAGAUAUCAGCGCUGUCUGGCGGGGAAAUGAAGAAGGUCGCUCUCGGCGUUGAGUUGUUGACGAAUCCACCACUUCUGUUCUGUGACGAGCCGACAACCGGACUGGACAGUUACAACGCAAGCACUGUCGUGGAAUUGCGUCAGCUGGCAGUGCAGGGGCGCACAGUCAUCUGCAGCAUCCAUCAGCCUGCGUCGGGUCUCUUCGAACUGUUCCACAAUGUCGUGCUGUUGGUUGGCGGCGGCCGACUGGCCUACCAGGGCGAGUCAAAGGCGGCUCUCGACUAUUUCAACAGCUUGGGUUUGGUGUGCCCCACCUCCUACAACCUGUCCGAGUUCCUGGUCUCUCAGCUGGCCGUCAACGUGAAGGAUCCGCGCAGUCGCGACAGAGUGGCUCGCAUCGCCGACCGAUUCCAGGCCUCCGAACAGGGCCAGACACUUGGUCGCAAGCUGCAGCAACAGCUCACGCGCAACCAGCACAUGCCCAACACGUUCAUCGACAAUCAGCUGUUCAAGGGCAAGGAGGAGAACGAAUUCGAGAGCUACUUGUCAAUCCAGCAGCCGCACUACUUGACUCAGCUCUACUGGCUGCUAUGGCGGUCAGUCAUGGAGAUCAGACGCAACCCACAGGACCAACUGCUGCGCUUGGCCUUCUAUAUGUUCAUUGCGUUGCUGAUCUCAACACCGUACGUGGGACUGACAGUCGACCAGAAGGGCAUCCAGAACAUCCAGGGUUUCCUGUACCUGGUCAUAGUGGAGACCAUAUUUAUGUUCAGCUACAGUGUGUUCCACACCUUUCCCUCCGAGCUACCAGUUUUACUGCGUGAAAUCGGUAACGGCUUGUAUUCGCCAGGCCCCUACUAUGUUUCCAAAAUGGUCAUUCUGUUGCCAAGGGCUCUGAUCGAGCCAAUCCUUUAUUCGGCGCUCACCUUCUACAUAGCUGGUCUGUUUGGAGGAGUAAUGGGUUGCAUCCAAUUCUGUAUACCUGUCAUAGCAUGUGCAAUCACCGCCACAGCUUAUGGUUGCCUGAUUUCGGCCACAUUUGAAUCGGUUGCCACUGGAUCAUUGGCGUCAGUACCCAUUGAGCAGAUUAGUCUUAUUUUCUGUGGAAUCUACAUGUCGUUGAGUGAUGUGCCGUUCCCUUUCAAUGGAAUCAAGUACCUGUCCAUGUUCUACUAUGGAAUUGAAGCCGUGUCCAUUCUCCAAUGGAAACAAGUGGACAACAUACCAUGUUCGGACGUGAAGGGUGCGCCGUGCAUCAGAACAGGGGACGGAGUACUGGACUACUAUGGGUACCGAUCCACAGACAUAGGACUGGAUCUGCUCGGACUUGGAGCCAUUUAUUGCUUCUCUCACUUUAUCGGCUUCCUCUCCUUUGUCCGGCGAAGCAAGCAGCAAGCUGCCUACUGACACGGUUCCCAAGAAUGGUUGCCAAGAAUGUCUACCAGGAGAUGACUGAGUGAUAAAGCUUAUGAAGUGCAACAUUUUCCCCUCAUAUUUCCGAUCAUUGUCAAACUUCAAUGCUUAGUCUACAUCUCUAAUUCUAUUUUAUUGUUGUCUUGGUUUAUGUAUUCUCUUUUAUUACCGUAUAGUUUAUUGUUUCCAUAAAAUUUCAAUGCAUUUUUCUAUAUAUUCAGUAGGCCCAGAGUUUGGUAAUAGUGUAGCGAUGAGAAGAAGUAGGAAAAACAGAGAACGCAAAAAUACAGUACGCUAAUUUUUAUAUUUACAUUAUAAACUUUUCCAAGUGAAUUUGAAAUAGCUCAGAAACAUAACUACAAACAUAUUCUGCUAGACACUUAGGAAUGUGAUACCCAAUUCCUGUAACUAGUCUUGUCUUGAAAAUAUUAUUUCUAUAAUUGAAUAUUUUAUCAGUUUUCAACUACCUAUUUUCGAUGACACUACAGUCUAAUUUUUGAAUAUUAGUUAUUAAAAACUAGUACCUACUCACCUGUGGAGCGCUUGGGAAAUUUUCAAAUCACAGACUUUUUCAACACUCAGAUUGUUGAAAAUGGAUUUGAAAAUAUCCGAAAGUGCUCCACAUGUGAGUACCAGUUUUUAAUAACUAUAAUAUUCAAAAAUUAGACUGCAGUGUCGUUGAAAAUAGUUCAAAAACGGAUUAUUACAUGCAGCUCGUCAUGGAUAGUGAAAUAGAUGAGUGAAUAUUUUACUAGUUUUCAACGUUUUAUCGAAACAGAAAUUGUCAUCAAAUAACCAUUAUCAAAUUAUUAAAAAUUUUAGACAUGAAAAGUAUCAGCUAAUAUUAAAACAUGCCAAUAAAUGCAUCUCUAUUGAGCUUAUAGUAGUAUUAGUAUGCCAAGCCCACCGAAAUGAUGUAGGUACUGUAUUACUUCAAAUUUUUUAGACUUCUCUACCUGUUGUCUCCAUGGAAUAAGUUAAUAGAAGAUGGCUGAGAGGUAGUUGCACGAGCACCCAUCAAAUUUAACCAACCUAGAAUGACGUCAUAGUGUUGUCAUCAGAUUGAUGAUUUUUUUACAGCGGUUAAAUUCGAUUCGAUUCUCGCUCAACUAGCCAUAAGCCUUCCAUUAUAUUAUCAGAAAAUAUUACCAUCGAUGGUUUAAUCACAGUUAAAGUUUAACAGGCUUUUGUGAAGCAAAUAUAUUUGUAUAACAAAAACAGGUGCUCACAGGUGCAAUAAUUGAAAUUUUUAAUUACUGUAGUCAUUAAUUUUUAGUCUUUGACUCAACUUGGUGUUGGUAAUGUUAAUCUAUCAAGUCAUUAAUGAUAAAUCUCAUGUCUAGUAUAUAGUAUAUAGUAACUGUAAAAGCUCAAUGAAGUAACGGAAAUGUAGAGCCUUUUUUAAAAUCUCUUUUAUAUAAAUUUGCUACAAUAAACUUACUGCAGUUUUAUUGAAAGGUGAUUUCAGAUACUUCCAGUUGAGGCUGGCAGGCAGGUGCUUCUUAAAUGUUUCUUCAGGAAAUAAAAUAUUUUGUAAUUCUAUUUAAUGAUGCUUUAUCAUUUUUUU